CGCUUUCUGUCUGCCAGGGUCGCAGCGCGGGAGGGCAGUGCCAUGUUCCUUUCCAUCCUGGUGGCGCUGUGCCUGUGGCUGCACCUGGCGCUGGGCGUGCGCGGCGCGCCCUGCGAGGCGGUGCGCAUCCCUAUGUGCCGGCACAUGCCCUGGAACAUCACGCGGAUGCCCAACCACCUGCACCACAGCACACAGGAGAACGCCAUCCUGGCCAUCGAGCAGUACGAGGAGCUGGUGGACGUGAACUGCAGCUCCGUGCUGCGCUUCUUCCUCUGUGCCAUGUACGCGCCCAUCUGCACCCUGGAGUUCCUGCACGACCCCAUCAAGCCGUGCAAGUCGGUGUGCCAACGCGCGCGCGACGACUGCGAGCCCCUCAUGAAGAUGUACAACCACAGCUGGCCCGAAAGCCUGGCCUGCGAUGAGCUGCCCGUCUAUGACCGUGGUGUGUGCAUCUCGCCUGAAGCCAUCGUUACGGACCUCCCGGAGGAUGUUAAGUGGAUAGACAUCACACCAGACAUGAUGGUACAGGAAAGGCCUCUUGAUGUUGACUGUAAACGCCUAAGCCCUGAUCGGUGCAAGUGUAAAAAGGUGAAGCCAACUUUGGCAACAUAUCUCAGCAAAAACUACAGCUAUGUUAUUCAUGCCAAAAUAAAAGCUGUGCAGAGGAGUGGCUGUAAUGAGGUCACAACGGUGGUGGAUGUAAAAGAGAUCUUCAAGUCCUCAUCACCCAUCCCUCGAACUCAAGUCCCGCUCAUUACGAAUUCUUCUUGCCAGUGUCCACACAUCCUGCCCCAUCAAGAUGUUCUCAUUAUGUGUUACGAGUGGCGCUCAAGGAUGAUGCUUCUUGAAAAUUGCUUAGUUGAAAAGUGGAGAGAUCAGCUUAGUAAAAGAUCCAUACAGUGGGAAGAGAGGCUGCGGGAACAGCGGAGAACAAUUCAGGACAAGAAGAAAACAGCUGGGCGCACCAGUCGUAGUAAUCCCCCCAAACCAAAGGGAAAGCCUCCUGCUCCCAAACCAGCCAGCCCCAAGAAGAACAUUAAAACUAGGAGUGCCCAGAAGAAAACAAACCCGAAAAAAGUGUGAGCUAACUAGUUUCCAAAACGGAGACUUCCAACUUCCUUACAGGAUGAGGCUGGGCAUUGCCUGGGACAACCUAUGCAAGGCCAUGUGCCCCUUGCCCUAACAACUCACUGCAGUGCUCUUCAUAGACACAUCUUGCAGCAUUUUUCUUAAUGCUAUGCUUCAGUUUUUCUUUGUAAGCCAUCACAAGCCAUAGUGGUAGGUUUGCCCUUUGGUACAGAAGGUGAGUUAAAGCUGGUGGAAAAGGCUUAUUGCAUUGCAUUCAGAGUAACCUGUGUGCAUACUCUAGGAGAGCAGGGAAAAUAAUGCUUGUUACAAUGUGACCUAAUAUGUGCAUUGUAAAAUAAAUGCCAUAUUUCAAACAAAACACGUAAUUUUUUACAGUAUGUUUUAUUACCAUUUGAUAUCUGUUGUUACAAUGUUAGUGAUGUUUUAAAAUGAGAUUGAAAAUCUAAUGCUUCUAAGAAGGAACAGUAGUGGAAUGAAUGUCUAAAAGAUCUUUAUGUGCUUAUGGUCUGUAGAAGGAUUUUUGUGAUGAAAGGGGAUUUUUUGAAAAAUCUAGAGAAGUAGCAUAUGGAAAAUUAUAAUGUGUCUUUUUUACAAUGACUUUUCAGCUCUGUUUUUAGCUAGAAACUCUAAAAACAAAAA